CCUGCGAGCUAGCUAAGCUAACGGUCCUUUAUGUCCGGAGAAAUACGCAGGAUUACAUCCAAAAUUUCAACGGGGAUUUAUAAAUAUUAUGUAACGUUACGUGGGUAGAAAGCGAGUGAUGAAUAUUUGUGAUGAGUCGUAGCAUGUAGACGUGCUGAAAAAAGACCAAGACGUAGCUAAACCGUCUGUAAAACUGAAGAUCCACCUUUUUACAUUCAUGUUAUGGGCAAGAAGAGGAGGACGAGCGGAUGGACUGUCUGUAAUGUCAGAUUGAAGCGAAGCUUCUCGCAGCUUUCGUGUGUCACGUAGUUUUGGGAGAAACCAUGCCGGGAAAGCUGAAGGCCAAAAUUGUGGCCGGGCGCCACUUGCCCGUCAUGGAUAGAGCGAGUGACCUCACGGAUGCCUUCGUUGAGGUGAAAUUCGGAAACACAACCUUUAAAACUGACGUCUACCCCAAAUCCCUUAACCCCCAGUGGAACUCGGAGUGGUUCAAAUUUGAGGUGGAUGAUGAGGACUUGCAGGAUGAGCCAUUGCAAAUUACAGUGCUGGACCAUGACACGUACAGCGCUAACGAUGCCAUAGGCAAGGUCUACAUAGACAUAGACCCGCUCUUAUCAAGUGAAGCUGCUACUGUCAUCUCUGGCUGGUUCCCUAUUUAUGACACCAUACAUGGUAUUCGGGGAGAGAUCAACGUUCUGGUGAAAGUGGAUCUCUUCAAUGACCUCAACCGCUUCAGACAAUCAUCUUGUGGAGUGAAAUUCUUUUGCACUACUUCCAUCCCCAGGUGUUACCGGGCGGCGAUGGUGCAUGGCUUUGUGGAGGAGCUGGUGGUGAAUGAGGACCCGGAGUACCAGUGGAUCGACCGGAUCCGCACCCCCAGAGCGUCCAACGAGGCCCGGCAGAGGCUCAUCUCCCUGAUGUCCGGUGAGCUCCAGAGGAAGAUUGGGCUGAAGGUGCUGGAGAUGGGAGGCAACGCGGUGGUGGGCUACCUGCAGUGCUUCGACCUGGAGGGGGAGUCGGGCCUGGUGGUGCGGGCCAUCGGGACGGCGUGCACUCUGGAAAAGCUGAGUAACUCCUCGGCGGCCGCCCCGCCCGCAUGCAAUUCCCCAUCCAAAGACAUCAAAGAGUCUCCACUGGCUCACCCGCCCGGCCACGGAUGCCGCUCGACCCACAGCAGCCCCGUUCACACUGCCUCCGGCUCACGGCUCUCUCAGAACUUCUCUGUGUCUGUCCCCACCCUCAUCUUCACGGGUAUGAGACUGCAUAGGCACAGGAGCUUGGGAGAGACGGGCCCUGAGCACAGGCCUCAGACUGUAUUGCCAGGCAGGCAGUGUAGGCCUCCCUUCAGCGAAGACCCCAACCCUAAUACUCAUUCAUCCGGACCCUCCACCCCACUGAAAACCCAAACUUAUUCCUUUUCACCUUCCAAGUCCUACAGUCGCCAGUCUUCCUCCUCUGACACAGAUUUGAGUUUGACACCUAAAACUGCGAGCCCCCCCGCGGGGCCCAGGAUUUUCCUGUGUCCCAGCUCCCCCGCCCUGUCCACAGAGCCCCCACCCAAUCACUCAAACUCUUUUCAACUCUCCCCGGGGCCCGGGACGGCCCAGAGGUUUACGCCUCUUCCUCUGCCACUCUCGGGCCAUCAGUACCCCCCUGGGCUGAGAAAAAGUGUCUCUUUCAGUGAGGACCUGCUACUGGCGGCCUCCGGAAUGGGCAGCGGAGGGAGUGCCGGGAAGGAGGGCGGGCCUCUGAAGACCCUGCUGAGGCAGCAGACGCAGUCGGCACUGGAGCAGAGGGGAGCGUCCUCCUCUCGUAUAUUUGUUAGGACAAGGGAGUUCCCCUUUUUCACGCUGACGUCCUUCCCGCCCGGCUUCCUCAUCCACGUCGGGGGUGUGGUCAGUGCACGGUCAGUGAAGCUCCUGGAUCGUAUCCACAAUCCCGCCUUGGGUAACACGAGAUCAUACAAACUGCUAGACUGGAAUAGUUUCGCUGCAGACGAGCCGGAGACGCGCGACGCCUGGUGGGAGGAGAUUCGGCAGGAGAUCAAGUCUCACGCCCGCGCUCUGGGCUGCCACGCUGUGGUGGGGUACAGCGAGUCCACCAGCAUCUGUGAGGAGGUGUGCAUCCUGUCAGCAUCAGGCACGGCGGCCGUGCUCCACCCCAAGUUCAUGCAGGAGGGCUGCCUGGACGGCUACAGUGACCCCAGCAGGUUGUCACGGCAGCCAGCCACCUUUUCCGCAGGGUCAGAGAAGGGCGAGUUUGAUAUUUUCCCUCAGAGCAAGGAUAGUUCUGCCGCGCUAGGGUUGGAGGAGCCGUCGCCCCCUAGCUGUGGCUUUUGUCAUAUCCCCUAUGACGAGCUGAACAUACCCUUCCCAGCACACCUGACCUACUGCUACCACUGUCGGAGGCAGAAGGUCCCGGACGUGCUCUUCACCACCAUAGACAUGCCAGCCGAGGCAGCCGUCACAGGGAAGGGCUGCCUCAUACAGGCCAGGCUGUGCCGGCUGAAGAAGAAGGCCCAGGGCGAGGUGAACGCCACGGCCAUCAGCAACCUGCUGCCCUUCAUGGAGUACGAGCUGCACACGCAGCUGAUGAACAAGCUGAAGCUCCGCGGCAUGAACGCCCUCUUCGGCCUGCGCAUCCAGAUCAGCGUGGGGGAGAACAUGCUGGUGGGACUGGCGUCUGCCACGGCGGUAUACCUGACGGCGCUGCCCACUCCGGGGGGCAUCCAGAUCGCCGGCAAGACGCCCAGCGACAUCACCUACGAGCAGCACAUCUCCAACAUGCAGAAGAAGAUCAACGACACCAUCGCCAAAAACAAGGAGCUGUACGAGGUCAACCCGCCGGAGGUGAUUGAGGAGGUGAUUGGCUCACCCAUCCCGGAACCGCGCCAGCGCUCCCGGCUCUUCCGCUCGCACUCGGAGAGCUCGGACGAGGUGUCGGAGCUGGACCUGUCCCACGGGAAGAAGGACGCCUUCGUCCUCGAGAUUGACGACACGGACGCUGUGGAGGACAUCCACUCUCUCCUCACAGACACGCCCGCGCCAGCAGGCUUUUAUAGCUGCAACACUGAAAUCAUGCCUGGGAUUUAUAACUGGACGUCAGGUUUACAGAUGUUUACUUCGGUCAGGGUGUUCAGGCUGAGCAACGCCAACCUCACCAACCAAGGACUCAACAAGAUUUUCAACGACCUCUGCGAGAAUCUGCUCAAGAGCCUCUACUUUAAGCUGCGCUCCAUGAUCCCCUGCUGCCUCUGCCAUUUGAACUUCACCGUGGCCGUUCCUGAGGACGAGCUCAUUCAGGUGGCGGUCACUGCUGUGGCCAUGACAUUCGACAAAGACCAGGCCCAAGAGAACUGGAAACUCGGCGCGGACAAGACACACAUGAAAGCGAUAGUGGAGAACGAGGAGCAGCUCCAGUUCCCUCUGGAGCUGUGCACAGAGAGCCCGUCCACAAACCCCUUCUCCCCCUGCAGAGGCACAGGGCUCCAGGAGAGCGCGAACGCGCACGCCACCCCCAGAGCUGCCUCAGUUGAUUACAGUUCCUUUGCAGACAGAUGGAGCUCCUGGAUAGAGCUCAUUAGACUGAAAGCUCAGACCAUAAGACGCGGAUCAAUUAAGACAACUUCCUCCCUGGAGAAGGCCAGUCCCCUGCCUGAGGGUCGCUCGCGGUCGCUCCGGUCCACCCGCUCCUACGCCGGCAGCACGGUCGCCGUGGUGAAGAUGACGCCGCUCUCCUUCAUCCCCGGCACCAGGAUCAUCAAGUACCUGGGCAUCAUCAACAUGUUCUUCAUCCGGGAGACCACGUCGCUCCGGGAGGAGGGCGGUGUGAGCGGGUUCCUCCAUGCCUUCAUCGCUGAGGUCUUCGCCAUGGUCAGAGCUCAUGUGGCAGCCCUGGGCGGUAACGCCGUGGUGUCCUACAGCAUGAAGGAGUGUGUCUUCAUGGAGAACCCCAAUAAGAACCAGGCUCAGUGCCUUAUCAACGUGAGCGGGGACGCCGUCAUCUUCAUGCGGGAGUCGGAGCUGGAGGCCACGCCCGCCCCGCCCCAGACCUCCUGCAGCGGGGGCGAGGUCACCACAUGAGGUGUCCAUGCAUACAAACACAUACACACUCACAUACACAUGCACAACAACACACAAAAGAGCGCCAACACUAGCCAAUCCACUUCUGAGUUGUGGCUGCCUAAAAUCCACGGGAUUUCCAAAGAUCUGCACUCCACAAUCUGAACCCAUUGGAGGUAACCUGGUCCACACACCCCUGCCCAGCAGGACAGUAGAGGGACAGGACAGUUUAGCCCCAGGUCUAACUUCUCUUCUGACCUUUGGCCCAAUGCGCAAGGAGUUUUUUUUUUGUUUUGUUUUGUUUGUUCCUGUCUGGGCUUCCAAAGAGUAGGUCAUGUGAUCAGCUGUCCUGUCCGUUUUACUGAGUCCUUGUCUUGCUGUAAGGCUUACUCCUGUGGCUCCAGUCAUUCAAAGGAAAUUUGCCCUUUCCUCACUUGUAGGCAGCACUGUAGACAUUCCAUUUUAAUGGUAAAUGCAAAGGCAGCUGGGUUUGGAUUCGAAAAUCGAACACGUCCACUGUGUAUGAGGUUUUUUUUUUUUUUUUUGUGUGUUUUAACAUGCAGGUAGCCACAUGGUACUCAACCUUUUCCAUCGCUUCGCAAACUAAGAGACAAAUCUUCCAGCGAUUUCCUGUCUUGGGGGAGUGGGUAUAAUUUGAGUGAUUGCCAAUGAUUUCAGGUGAAUUUAGUGUACACUGAAAUUAUACCACAGACUGAACAGAAGAUAGUCAGGAAAAUGUGUUGGCUACUGCUUCAAAAUCUCAACAUUGGCAGUAUUACAUUUCACAGUCCAUUUGACGCGAACUGAAACCGUGUGCCGAUUAUCACCAAGCUUCCUAUUAUAACCAUGGUCAACUGCUCAAAAUUUUUUUGAACUGUCACAAACCUGUGUACUACUGAACUAUUUUUUAAAAUGAUGUCCAAUGCUGGAAAAAAAAAAGAAAUCAAAACUGCGAUGACAGUUUUUUUUUUUUAGUGUAGGUGCCACAACAAAACUUAUUUGUUCAGAUGUGUACUUAAAUCAGAUGGGUAUUUUUGUAAUAUUAAAGUGAGAGAUUAGUAAACUAUACUGUACUUAAUUUGCAUGUGCAGUUAAAGCUAGGGUUUGAUUUUUGUAUCGUGUGAAUGGGGUAUUGUUGCAUAGUGAAUCUGCUCGUAAGUGAAGGCGAUACAGGUGCGAUCCGUGUAACACUUGAAUGUACAUAUAGACAAUGUUGCUUUGUUUGAAUUAGCAGCAUGCCGACCUUUUCCCAUCUGUAUGAUUCUCCAUUUACUGGCCUGAAGAUUCUUUUUUUCUCUUGCACAAUAAAGCUCUGUGUC